AUGGCCGCCACACCCAUCGCUCCCACCACAUUCGGAUCUUCGAACAGUGCUGGCAGACAUGUGGAGUUGACCCUUGCGAAUUCCGUCGCUCAAGUUGGUACUCAGACAACGCAGUUCCAAAUCAUCGUGUUCGAAAUGCAUUUGGAUGUCAGCGGACUUUCUGAAAUCCACGAAUGGCUCUCAAACCAGAUCAUGCAUGUUGAGGCCAACACAGCCCCAGCUUAA